AUGUCUUUCCAUAUAGUCCAGGACGUCGACCAGAGACCGAAAAGAAAAGGAACUCUUCACAGCGACACCCUCCUCCCCAACUCCGCCUCCCGCCCCCGCGACACCUCCUCGUGCUCAAGCACGCUAUCCACGCUCGCGCUCCCCGGCGCGCCCAGCGCCCUCCGCAUCUUCCUCCCUCUCUUCGACCGGUACGCCUUCGCCGCCAGCUCCGGCCCCGCCGCGACCACCUUCCCCGUGCCCUCGAGGAGCUUCCCCGCGGUAUACAGCAUCGCCAACAUCCCCGCGGCCAGCGCCCCCGCGAUCACGACCGGCGGCGCGACGGCCGCGACCACGCCCGUGCCCACCGCGCGCGCGAUCCUGGCCCCGCCCGAGCGGCUCUUCGUGGUCCCCUUGCUCUUCUGCUCUUCUUGGUGCUCCUUCUGCAGCCGCCGCGCCGGUUCGGAGCCGACGGCGGUGCUCGACUCCGGGGACCCGGAGCGCGUCGAGGUCGGGCUCGACGACGCCGACGCCGAGCUCGCCUCGGAGUGCCAGCGGCGCGCGGGCAGCGUCAGCGGGGUAGUCGUGCCGGUGGGGGGCGUGGGAGACCGGCCGGUAUCGUACGUGAGGUGGAAGGCGGAGGAGGACGAGGCGUACGCGCUCGCGAGCUCGUCCGCCGCGCCGUACGGCACGGGCGGGAGCGGCGUGUCCACGGGCGCGGUGGGCGCGGAGGCGGAGUACGCGGGGGGCGGGACGCGCGCGGACGUGGAGGGCGGGACGUCCGUGGACUUCGAGGCCGGGGUGCGCUCGGGGAGCGGGAGCUUUUCGUUGUUUAUGCCGAUGCCUGAGAUCAUCGUGGUUGUUGGCGUAGGGGGGUGGGUCACAGAGGACGGGUGGUGGAAGUGGGGUCUGGAGGACGGCGCGAGGUGA